AUGAAAGUGGAACAUGAAGCGGGAAGGCGGGAGUGUGUAAGUGGCAAGCGCAGAAGGCGGAAGGCAGGAAGGCGGGAAGGGCCGAAGCCGGAAGGUGGAAGCAUGAAGGCGGGGGCAGAAGGCGCGAAGGCAGAAGGCGGAAGGCAGAAGGCGGAACGUGGAAGGUGGGAAGGCAAGGCAAGGCGCGAAGGCAGGAAGGCGGAAGGCAGGAAAGGCGAAGGUGAAGGCGGAAAGGCAGGAAGCGGCAAGGCAGAAGGCCGGAAGGUGAAGCAGGAACGCAGAAAGGCGGAAGGUGGAAUGCGCGAAGGUGGGAUGCGGGAGGCAGGAAGGCGAAGCAGGAAGGAGCGGAAGUGUUAA